UCUUCUGGGAAAGUAAUGGUUCCUAUAUAACAAUUAUCCUUUUAUCAACGAAUGAGGAAUUUUAGUUAAUUUGAUGGACUAAACCAAUUUUAUGCGAUGGCGCUUUCUUAACUAAUUUCCGUCUCCCCUACUUAACAAUUUGACGCAAUCUCCGAUACCCGUAGAUCAACCAAUCGAGAAAUAUCAAUCGUUGGAUCCAAUUUAUUUCUAAAUUUUUGCGAUCAUUCGUCCCUUGUUGUUUGGAUUCAAAAAUCACCACGCCCGUUGCAUCGUCGUCUCCGCCGCCGCUGAGCUUUGGGCUGCAAUUGAAUUAGUUGCUUCUUCCAGGCCCCUCAGUCCGUCGAGGGUUCGAAGCCGUUCAGAAACCCUAAGCAAAUCCGCUGGGCGGAAGAGCUCUAGGACCAUCGCCGCCUUCGGAAGAUGCCGCGGUCCAUAGAAUCCGGAGCGGUGGAAGAACGCCGGAUGUUUGCUGUCAGGAACCCGAACCGCACCCCAGUGGUGGCGGUGUCGUCUCCCACCUACACAUAUCCAGAUCCGUUGAAGUACGUAAAGAAGGUAACGACUUCUGUGGUGGAAAGCCCGCCGCCUGAAGGCCGGAAGUGCGAGGAGAGGGAGAAUUGGCAACCCAACUUUGGUGUACAUGGGCUGUUCCCUUCAGUGUCUUCGUUUAAACAAUACCAAAAUGCAGCCAUGGCGAUGUGGUAGGUUUGCUGACUACUGGGGUUCAUGUGAGCGCCAUGAAAAGAAAUUUACCAAGCCAGACAAUGGCAUUCCUAGUACAGCUGAAACCCGAGCUAAAAAUAAAGCUUGUCAGGUGAUUAGCAAUUUAUCCCUUGGUUCGGACAGUUCAGGCAACCGUUGCUUGUGGAGGUGGUCCGAUAGGAGUAUCUUCUUUGUCACCUCUGUCUUUCUAAUGUUAUCUUACAGCAUAUUUGGAUUUCUUAUUCUACCCUAUAACUCAACAUUUUGGUUUGGCUAAUUCUCCAUGACAAGCUCUAAUAAUAAAUUCGCUGGAAGAGGGCGGUUUUAGUGGUUCAUGAUCGUCAUAUGUAUCGCAACUGCUAAGAAGUCAACUUAGGACAACAGAUCAUUAGUAGACCUCUAGUUUGCCAUUAGCUAGGUUCUUGCAGCUGAGCAUCUCUUGGUCUUCUUAUUCUACCCUUUCGAUGUUCGACGCAAUUGCAACAUCAUUUACAUAGGAGAGGAGGUGAAUUACGUAUAACUUUAAAAUCUUUUUUUCUUCUCAUUUUUAAAAGACUUGUCAAAAGUCAGUAUGUAGCAUAAGACAACAAAUUAAGACAAAAACAAAAGAACAAAUACACAGUUGGUUACUUGUUUUGUAGUUUGGCGGCUACUACUAUGAGACUCAUGCUCCCUUGAGACGUAUCCGAUGAGCAAUUUACUAAAAAUUGAACGAUUAACAAAUGAAUAGAGUAUAAUUGUUAGAACCCCAAGGUUGUUUUGGUGUGAUCAACAAGUUAAGGUAGGUCCUGUUUGUUUUAACCUUGUGUCUAAGUGUGCAGGAGCUUAGGAACAC